UGAGACAGACCGUGCGUUUCAUCGCCAUCAUCCAAACCCUCCUGUGUCUCGGAGCUCCCUCAGUUUCGGCGAGAACACGAGGCUCCAGAUCUCCCGGAUCUACCUCCAGAUGGAAGUCGGCGGCGCCGAUCUGAGGAGCAGCAUCAAGAAGUGGAAGAUCAUCUACCCGGUGUACCUCAACUCCAAGAAGACGGUCGCCGAGGGCCGCCGCAUCGCCGCCGCCAAGGCAUGCCCCGACCCCACCUGCAUCGAGAUCGCCGACAGCUGCGCCUUCCUCAAGAUCCCUCGCGCGAUUGAGUUGGAUAAGGCAUAUCCGCGAGAUUUCUUCCAGGUGGGGAGGGUGAGGGUGCAGCUCACCAAUGAGGACGGCUCCCCAGUCAAUCCAGCAAUCAGAACAAAGAAGCAGUUAAUGAUCCAAAUAGCAGAGCUGGUCCCCAAGCAUCAUGGGAGGACUAAGAAGCAGGAACCAGCGGCUGGUCCGUCAGUAGUAUCUAGUAACAACAAGAAGAAGAACAAGAACAAGAAGUGAUGAAAGUAGCAUCUCAUGUUGUUUUCUUCUGUUCAUAGAAAGUUCAUUAAAAAAAUUCGCUGGAGAGAGUUCUCAGUUCUCUGUCUGCUAUGACGUCUGAAUAACUUAAGUUGUUGGGGUUCUGAAUUUCUCAUCCAUUUGGCAACUUCUGUAACCGUCAGGAACAGUCUACUAUUGUUUGUGGCUAUUUGCGGCAGAGGCAGUCAAGCAGAUGGUUUCAGUCUGGUA